CCUCCCACCCAUGGGCACCUCCGCCUUCCGCUUCCCACCCGCUCUCCUCACCCCCUCUUACCCCACAGAAAGUGCCUCACGUACAGCAUUCCCCCACCGACCCGUCAAGCGACGCCUCGAUGAUGGUUCCUGACAGGCCGACCGUUGGUGCCGGUACCCCCGGCCAGCCUAUCAGCAAAGAGCAGCCCAGCGACCAGGAGACCAAGCCAAAAAAGAAAAGGAAGAAGAAAGCGAAAGUAGUGGACGGAGAGGAAGAAGAGGGAGGGAAGAAGGCAGCGAGAGAAGACCUGAAGUCUGAAUUUCCCGAAACAGGAAGUGAUGCAGGUGAACAGGUUACCGGCACAGGAAUUGUAGAGGGAAGUUCACCACCGGUGGAGGAGAAGAAAAAGCGGAAAAAGAAACCAAAGGAGAAGGCAGAGGGCAAGGAGCCCAAAGAGCCCAAGACCCCGAAGACGCCCAAAACACCCAAGACUCCCAAAGAGCCCAAGGAGCCCAAGGAGAAGAAACCCAAGAGCUCCACGCCCAAGACCAAGACCCCCAAGAAAACCAGCAGUAAGAAGGUCGAGUCUGAGGGCGGGGCAAGCGCUGCUAAGAAGGAUUCCAAGAGGAAGAGAGAGACGUCAGUCAACGCAGAUGUGGAGGUGAAGUCUCCGCCCCCCUCACCUCCUGAAGAUGACGAUGACGACGGUGUACAGAAGCGUCGUUCUAGCCGUCAGGUGAAGAGGAAAAGGUACACGGAGGAUCUGGAGUUUCGGAUCUCGGAGGUGGAUGACAGCGGCGACGACUCGCCAACACCCAAGUCUCCAUCGUCGUCACACCAACAGGAUGUGGCCGAGGCUGAGGGGCCCGUUGUGGAGAAGAUCAUGGCCAAACGCAUCACCAAGAAACCGCUGGAGUCGGGUGAGGAAUUGGAGGUGGAGGAGUUCUAUGUCAAGUUCAAGGGCUUUUCGUACCUCCACUGUCGCUGGGCAGACUUGGAGGAGCUGGAGAAGGACAAGAGAAUACACCAAAAGAUCAAGAGGUAUAGGGCCAAGCAACAACUCAACAGCUUCAUAACCGAGAUGGACGACGAGCCUUUUAACCCAGACUAUGUGGAGGUGGACCGUGUCCUGGACGUUUCAGAGAGCACAGAUGAAAACGGAGAGACGGUGACCUUAUAUCUGGUGAAAUGGUGCAGUCUGGCUUACGAAGAUUCCACCUGGGAGCUGAAGGCCGACAUCGACCAGUCCAAGAUAGAGGAUUAUGAACACAUCGCAGCACGCACACCCAACACUAAGAGAGUGGAUCGGCCUCCAGCAGCCGACUGGAAAAAGCUGGAGGGCUCCAGGGAAUACAGGAACAGCAACGCACUCAGGGAAUACCAGCUAGAAGGCCUCAACUGGCUAACCUUCAACUGGUUCAACUCACGUAACUGUAUCUUGGCUGAUGAGAUGGGUCUAGGAAAGACCAUCCAGUCCAUUACAUUCCUCUACGAGGUUUACCUGAAGGGUGUUGAGGGGCCAUUCCUGGUCAUCGCCCCACUCUCCACCAUUCCCAACUGGGAGAGAGAGUUCAGGACCUGGACCGAGCUCAAUGCUGUGGUCUACCACGGAAGCCAGGCCAGCCGCAAGACCAUCCAGGCCUACGAGAUGUACUACAGAGACGCACAGGGUAAGAUAAUAAAGGGAGCGUACCGUUUCCACGCGGUGAUAACGACCUUUGAGAUGAUUCUGACAGACUGUCCGGAGCUCCGCAGCGUGCCGUGGCGCUGUGUGGUGAUAGACGAAGCCCACCGACUCAAAAACCGAAACUGCAAACUACUGGAAGGACUCAAAAUGAUGGACAUGGAGCACAAAGUUUUGUUGACAGGAACUCCUCUCCAGAACACUGUGGAGGAGCUCUUCAGCUUACUCAACUUCCUGGAGCCUGAGCGAUUCCUGUCUGAACAGACAUUUAUGACUGAAUUUGGAGACCUUAAGACUGAAGAACAGGUUCAGAAACUGCAGGCCAUUCUAAAGCCCAUGAUGUUGAGAAGACUGAAGGAGGAUGUGGAGAAGAACCUGGCCCCUAAGGAGGAGACCAUCAUCGAGGUGGAGCUGACCAACAUACAGAAGAAAUACUAUCGGGCCAUUCUGGAGAAGAAUUUCUCUUUCCUGUCCAAAGGAGGUGCAGGAGGUGGAGGAGGAAGUGGGGGUGGUGGUGGAGGAGGCGUCCCCAACCUCCUAAAUACCAUGAUGGAGCUGAGGAAAUGCUGCAACCACCCCUACCUCAUAAAUGGAGCGGAAGAGAAGAUCGCAGAGGAUUUUAGGGACUCCCAUGGUGGCAGGGCAGACAUGCCGGACAUGGCCCUCCAGGCCAUGGUCCAGGCUGCUGGCAAGCUGGUGCUCAUUGACAAGCUGCUGCCCAAGCUGAAGGCCGGCGGACACCGAGUCCUGGUGUUCAGUCAGAUGGUCCGCUGUCUGGACAUCCUGGAGGACUACCUCAUCCAGAAACGAUAUCCCUAUGAACGUAUAGACGGCAGAGUUCGUGGUAACCUGCGGCAGGCAGCCAUCGACCGGUUCUCCAAACCUGACUCGGACCGUUUUGUCUUCCUGCUGUGUACGAGAGCUGGGGGACUCGGCAUCAACCUGACUGCAGCAGAUACCUGCAUCAUCUUUGACUCUGACUGGAAUCCUCAGAAUGACCUGCAGGCCCAGGCCAGGUGUCAUCGUAUAGGCCAGUCCAAGGCUGUCAAGAUCUACCGUCUGAUCACCAGGAACAGCUAUGAGCGGGAGAUGUUCGACAAGGCCAGUCUCAAGCUGGGGCUUGACAAGGCCGUCCUCCAGAGCAUGAGUGGACGAGAGAACGCCAACAGCGGGGUCCAGCAGUUGUCCAAGAAGGAGAUCGAGGACCUGCUGAGAAAGGGAGCGUACGGAGCUUUAAUGGACGAGGAAGAUGAAGGCUCAAAAUUCUGUGAGGAAGACAUCGACCAGAUCCUCCAGAGACGAACACACACCAUCACUAUAGAGUCGGAGGGCAAGGGCUCUACCUUUGCUAAGGCCAGCUUUGUUGCAGCAGGUAACCGGACAGACAUUUCUCUGGAGGAUCCAGACUUCUGGCAGAAAUGGGCCAAGAAGGCUGAGCUUGACCUGGAUGCCAUGAAUGGACGGAACACGCUGGUGAUUGACACGCCGAGGGUGAGGAAGCAAACUCGUCACUUCAGCAGCGUCAAAGAGGACGAGAUGCUCGAGUUCUCCGAGCUGGAGAGCGAGGACGACGAACCGAGCAAACCCUCAUCCAAACCGCGACGGCCCCAAGACAAAACUCAGGGCUACCCCCGAUCGGAGUGCUUCAGGGUGGAGAAGAACCUGCUGGUCUACGGUUGGGGUAGGUGGAGUGACAUCCUGGCUCAUGGUCGCUUUAAGCGCCCCCUGAAGGAGGCAGAUGUGGAAAAAAUCUGCCGAGCCCUCCUGGCCUACUGCCUGCUGCAUUAUCGUGGAGACGAGAAUAUCAAGAGCUUCAUCUGGGACCUGAUCACCCCAAGUGAGGACGGGACUACCAAGACGCUGACCAACCACUCUGGUCUCUCUACUCCAGUCCCUCGGGGCAGGAAGGGCAAGAAGGGGAAGCCCACAGCCCCGCCUCCACAGACUCCCCGAGCUGAUUGGCUGGCCAGCUGCAAUCCUGACCACUUAUUGCAAGAGGAUAGCUACAAGAGACACCUGAAACAUCACUGUAACAAGGUGUUGCUGAGGGUGAGGAUGCUGUAUUAUCUGCGACAGGAAGUCAUAGGAGACCAGGCUGAACGUACUCUGGAAGGAGCUGACUCCAGUGAGCUGGACAUCUGGAUUCCCCAGCCAUUCCAUGCUGAAGUCCCAGCUGACUGGUGGGACAGCGAGGCAGACAAAUCCCUGCUCAUCGGUGUCUUCAAACACGGCUAUGAGAAGUACAACUCGAUGCGAGCUGACCCCGCCCUGUGUUUCUUGGAGAGGGUCGGCAUGCCGGACGCCAAGGCUAUCGCUGCUGAGCAGAGGGGCACCGACAUGAUGACAGAUGGCGUCGAGGGGGAGGAUGAGGAUCCAGAGUACAAGCCACUGCGGAUGCCUUUUAAAGAUGACAUGGAUGACUUCACCAACUCACCACUGGAUGACACUAUGGAAGGUGAAGUUGAAGCUAAAUCGGGUGAAAACGGUCAAAGUGCUUUGGGCGGAGCUUCGGGCUCCAACGAGCGACUCUAUUGGCCAGCAGCCUCAGCUCUGACUGCCCGUCUGCGUCGCCUCAUCACGGCCUACCAGCGCUCCAACCGCAGGGAGCAGCUCCGCCAGGAGGCCCUCAACCGGCCCGACGGUCGCAGACGACGACGCAGGGAGUUCCUGCCUGCCAUCGGCAUGGUUACCGAUACACCGGGAGCAGGAGCAACUUACAUCCAAGAUGGAGCGGGGGUAUUCUUGACAGAAGGAAGCCCGUAUCUGGCUAAAGGAAGUGCUUACUUUGCCAAAGGUGGGCAGUUCGUGCCAGAGGCGUCACCAGUGAUGACCGCCAGCUCCCUGAUGACUGAUGGAGCCAUGUACUACAAGGAGAGAAGACAAAGAUGGACUCGACGUGAGGAGGCUGAUUUCUACCGUGUAGUGUCCACCUUCGGAGUCGUCUUUGAUACCCAGCGUCAGAAAUUUGAUUGGGCACAGUUCAGGGCCUUUGCUCGACUGGACAAGAAAACGGAUGAGAGCUUGGAGAAAUAUUACUAUUCCUUCAUUGCCAUGUGUAAACGGGUCUGCAGAAUGCAGGUCAAGACUGAUACAGAACUCCCAGACCCAACGCUGAUCAUCGACCCCAUCACAGAGGAGCGUGCCUCUCGCACCCUGUACCGCAUCGAGCUGCUACGUCGCAUCCGUGAGCAGGUUCUCCCCCACCCGCUGCUCUCUGAGCGCCUCAAGCUUUGCCAGCCCUCCCAAGACCUCCCGGAGUGGUGGGAGUGUGGCCGCCACGACCGGGACCUCAUCUUGGGGGCCUCUAAGCACGGCGUAAGCCGGACAGAUUAUCACAUCUUAAACGACCCUACCUUGGCCUUUCUGGACGCCCACCAGCGAUUUACAAGCCAGCGAGGGCCUGGAGUCAGCAUGGGAGUCCAGGGAGAGGUCACCAAAGUGGGGAUGGGAGCAACAGAAAGCAUCCCUGCACCCCUCCUCACCUCCGCAGAGCUGGCGAGCGCUGCGGCUUCUGCCAAAAUUGCCGUUGAUGCAGCUAAAGAGGAGGAGGGAGAAGGGAAGGAGGUGAAGACCGAGGUGAAAAUGGAAAUGGAGAAAGGAGAUGCCAAUGACAUUCCAUGUACCAAGACUGAAACUCCUGAUGAACAGAAGGAACAUGAGGGAGAGGACAGAGAAGGGAAAGAUGAAAUUGCUGCUUCACUGAGAAAGGAGGUGAAGAAAAAAGAAGAGGAGGUCCAGCCUAAAGUAGAAAAAGAGGAGCAGGAAAAGCAGAAAGAAGAGCAGAGUGGAGAAGGAGGCAAGACUUCCACGCCAGCAGAUGACCAAGACAAAGACUUAACAGAAGAGAAGAGUUUGACUCCUGUUGACUCUCUCGGGGACCAGAGGGAGGCUACCGCUGAACAUCCUGACGCCUCUCCUAAAGCACAACUGGGCCACAAGGCUUCAGAGCAGGAAGACAGAGAGGAGAGGGAGAACCCAGAGUCUCCUAAAUCUCCAAAGUCAGCUGACACAGAGAAAAGCCCAGAGGAGGAAGAGGAAGAGAGGAUGGAUGAAGAUGACAAAUCAGAGAAAUCCUCUCAGGCUGAAGCGAGUGCUGCGUCAGAGCAGAAGAACUUUGAUGAGGAGAGUAUCGCAUCUCUGAGCACGUCCGCUCAAAACGAAACCAGAGAUGGGUUCUGCCCCGAUGACCUGCCGGAAACCUCCGCGCUCCAUGCCUUACAGGACCGCGCUUACGCCUUCUCAUUCUGGCCUAAGGAUCGAGUGAUGAUCAACCGGAUGGAUAACAUCUGCGAGGUCGUCCUGAAGGGCAAGUGGCCUGUCAACAGACGCCACAUCUUUGACUUCCCCAGUAACCUGUUGCCAGGCCAGGGCUCCACAGUAACCCCAGCGGCCGUAGCCACGGUGACAGAGAGCCCGCUGCAGAGGCGGAGCCUAGCAGAGCUGACAAUGGCCGGCAUCCAUACACCUUACAGUGGGAGUGAAGAUAAAACACUAUCACCACAGGUUCAUGAGGACGCUCUGAGCCUGACAGUGCCUCGACAGAGGAGGAGGAGGAGGAGGAAGAUUGAGAUUGAGGCAGAGAGGGCUGCCAAGAGACGUAACCUAAUGGAGAUGGUUGCUCAGCUGAGAGAGAGCCACUCUGCUGUCGAGUCCCAGAGCCAGGCUAUAGACCUCACCAAGGCUAUGCACCAUCACCACAAGGCCUCUCCCUCAUUGGCCGGCUUCCCCAGUGCCCUGGUGACAAGCCCCUCCCUCAAAGCCCAGAUGGAGUUGCUCCAGCAAACCCCGCCCUCCGGACACAGAGCCAAUGGUUCACUGGAGGCUGACCUGCCCAUCAUGAGGAGGAGGCGGGGCCGCAGGAAAAAUGUGGAAGGCCUGGAGCUGUUGUUCAUGGGCAACAAGAGAGCAGGAGCGGAUGAUGGUGAUGGGACAAAGGCUUCAGGUGUGGAGGGUGUUCAGGAUGCUGCCCGUGCCCACAGACCCCUCUCCGUCCCAGAGCAGAGCCCCAGUGCCAGAUCUCUUGCCUCCGGCAGUCUGGAGGAGGAAGAGGCAGCCGUUUCCAACAAAGAGCUAGGAGAGUGGCUGAGGCAGCACCCAACAUACACCAUGGACAUGACCGGAUUCACACCAAAGAGCGAGGAUUUACUGCUGUCUCAGUUUUCUAAGCCCAAGCAGAAGCGCCAUCGCUGUCGAAACCCCAACAAGAUAGACAUCAACACCCUGACUGGGGACGAGAGAGUGCCUGUGGUGAACAGACGCAAUGGACGCAAGAUGGGCGGGGCAAUGGCUCCACCAAUGAAAGAGCUUCCCAGAUGGUUACUGGAGAACCCAGAGUAUUCCAUCGCCCCUGAUUGGACGGACAUCGUGAAACAGUCGGGUUUCCUUCCAGAAGCCAUGUUUGACCGCCUUCUGACCGGCCCUGUAGUCAGAGAGGAGGGUGUCCGUCGUCGGGGGCGACGACCAAAAUCUGAGAUUGCCAAGGCAACCGCCGCCGCCCAGGCAGCAGCAGCAGCUCAGGCUGCCCAGGCAUCGCUGGCCAAUGCUGUGUCAUCUGCAGGAGGAAUCAACCCUCUGCUGUUGAACAGUCUGUUUGGAGGGAUGGACCUGUCGUCCCUCCAGAGCCUUCAGUCUCUUCAGUUGGCUGCUGGUCUGAUGGCCUUCCCUCACACGGCCGACCCCAAGCACGCUGCUGCCAACGCCGCCGCCGCCUCCAUGAUGCCCCUUAUGUUGCCCGGCAUCGGAGGCCUGUCCAACAUGGCCGGCCUCCCGAACAUGUUCAGCCUAAGCGGCCUGUUUGGAGGUAACCUGGCAGCAGCUGCAGCCUCCGCCUCAAACGCCAUCGCUGACACUUCACGGAACACCAACGGAACAAUGGAGGGAGAGGGACGAGAGAGUGAUGAGGCAGUGGCGACGAAGAGGAAGAGAGAUGGAGAGGAAAAAGAAGAGGGAGAAGACUAUGACGAGAUGGGAGACGAGGAGGAGGAGGCUGCUGAUGGUAAUGAGGAAGGAGUGAAGAAGAAGAAGGCGAGGAAGAAGGAGAAAGGGGGCAAGGGAGGGGCUGAGAAAUCCGUUAAUGAUGCAACCGGAGCUCCGAUCCCAGCUGCUGAUUCAUCAGCGGAGGCAUCCAUCAACGGUGACGCCGCGGCCCUGUUAGCUGCAGCCGGCAUGUCGGCCAAUUCCCUGGCGUUCAACCCCUUCCUCCUCUCCACCAUGGCCCCCGGCCUCCUCUACCCCUCCAUGUUCCUACCUCCAGGCCUCGGGGGACUCAGUCUGCCUGGCUUCCCCACCGCCUCCACCCUGGCCGAGCUGCAGAACGCCAUGGCUGGAGCGCUGGGGGGCAACGUUGUGACCACAAACCCCCCGAGAGACGAGGAGGACGAGGAGGAGGACGAGGAGGAGGAGGGGGGGGCUGAAAACCACAGGAGAGGAGGAUUUGGAGGCAGGAGGAGAGAGUGACUUGGCUGAGGAAAAGGAGAAUGGAGCGGAGGAGGAGACGAGAGGCGAUGAUUCAGCCCUGGAGGAUGGAAGGAUGGAGGAGGAGGAGGAGGAGGAGGAGGAGGAGGCGGUGGCGGCGGUAGCAGCAGCGGCGGCGUCUUCUUCACAGAAGGACAAGAGUGACUGAAAUAAAACCCAAAACUGACUGGCCUUGGACAUUUCCUUACCUCUGACCUCCCCCUCCCCUCUCCCUCGCCACGUUUACACGCCUCCACCAGAAAUAUCCAAACUAUUAUGAAUCCUGUUUUUUUUUUGUUUUUUUUUCUCUCCCAUUUACAUUGUUGUUGAUGAUUUCUCUCACUCUUUUGUUAUUUUUUUGACCAGGUAUAUUUACUAUGCGUC